GCCUCGUCGACAGCCCGGGCAGGAUCGACCCCGGGCCCAGCAACGCCAUAGAGGCCGCCGCCAGCAGCAGCGGCGGCUACGCGUACUCGACGACCCUCAGGAGGCACGUCUCCACCGACGUCUUCCCGCACUUCCCGCAUGCGGCCAGGAGGCGGGACUCGAGCCCGCACGUCGCGUCGCCGUACAGCAGGGGCCAGCAUCCGCUCACAGGGAGCCCGGGCGAGAGGCUGCAGUUUGCGCACCGGGACGAAGGGCUGUUCGAACGGGCCAUGGCCGCGGGAAGGAGACUCUUGGGCAAGAAGGACUAUGACGAGCGGCGGAUGGAAGAGGAGGAGAAGAGGCUGUCUACAGAGAGAAGGCAGCGGGAAACACCCAGCUCCAUAUAUGCUCAUAAAUCCGUCCAGGAAACACUGGACAUCUUUGCCACACAUCCCACCGACGGCCUUGCCAACUCGGCCGUCGCUCCCCUCCUCGCCCGCUACGGGCCCAACGAAUUUGAGGUCCCACCGUCAGACCCGCUGUACCUCAAGUUUGCCAAGCAAGUCUAUGAGAACCCGUUGAUCCUGUUGCUGCUUGGAAGCAGCGUUGUCAGUGCUCUCAUGGGACAGUUUGACGACGCAGCCUGCGUCGUUAUCGCCGUCGGUAUCGUCUUGACCGUCGGGUUUGUCCAAGAACAACGAUCGGAAAAGUCGCUUGAAGCGCUGAACAAACUCGUCCCUCAUUACUGCCACCUCAUCCGAAACGGUACCCCUCUCAGCCCGCUCGCCAACGCCCUCUUGCCUGGAGACCUCGUCACUUUUUCCGUCGGAGACCGCAUCCCCGCCGAUAUCCGGUUGAUCACCGCCAACCAUCUUGAAAUUGACGAAUCUGCGCUAACCGGAGAAACACGUCCAGCAAGGAAGAACACUCAGCUCUGCGAGAGAGGAGAGGGAGAAGAUACCCAUGGAGAAGGAGGAGGCAAGGCGUUGGGUGAGAGGCAUUGUAUGGCUUUCAUGGGUACUUUGGUCAGGAGUGGAAACGGGUCGGGUAUUGUCGUCGGUACAGGUAAAGACACUGAAUUCGGUGUCAUCUUCUCAAUGAUGCAAGACGUCGAAGAGAAGCGUACGCCUCUGCAACUCGAUAUGGAUAAUCUCGCCAAGCAGCUCUCCAUCGUUUCCUUCAUUGUCAUCGGCUUCAUCGUACUUAUUGGUGUCAUUCAAAAGAGAGACUGGCUGGAGAUGUUCACUAUUGGAGUGUCACUCGCUGUUGCUGCCAUUCCCGAGGGUCUCCCCAUCGUCACGACCGUCACACUCGCUCUCGGUGUCUUGAGAAUGUCAAAGCGCAAGGCAAUCGUCAAGAAAUUGCCUAGCGUGGAAGCAUUGGGAAGUGUGAGCGUAAUCUGCUCCGACAAGACUGGUACCUUGACCAAGAACGAGAUGACAGUCACACACAUGUACUCGGUUGACGAACUUGUGGACCUCACCCCUCACCUCAACGUUACCUCGCCAUUCGGUCCCCGCCGUCCCGAUAGUCAGCAACUUUGGAUAUCUCCCGCUUUGCUCAAAGUCGCAUUGGUAGGCAAUCUGUGCAACGACGCUUUCAAGAAUGAACAAGGGAUCAAUGUCGGUCAAGCGACAGAGGUGGCUCUGUUGAAUGUCUUGCCUGUUUUGAAAGCCGAGGACCAGAGAAAGAACUUUAUCAGGAAAUCCGAAAUACCUUUCAGCUCGGAAACAAAGACAAUGUCGAUCACCGGAUCCCUAAACAACUCUCCCGACAUGAUCUACCUCAAGGGCGCCGUUGAACAAGUCAUUGCUAGAUGUCGAUACUACUACGUCACCGACUCCUCUACCCCUUCCCUCGAUACCGCCACUCAGAAAAUCAUUCUCGACCGAGCUAUGGAGGUUUCCAAACGCGGCUUGCGAGUCAUUGCCAUGGCGUACGGGUUUCCUGGAAAGGGCGACGAUGAGCCCAAUAACCUCGUGUUUGUCGGUUUCGAAGCGAUGAUGGAUCCUCCUCGAAACGGUGUUGUCCACGCCGUCAGUGCCCUCCACAGCGCAGGCGUGCAAAUCGUCAUGAUCACUGGUGAUGCUGAACCCACCGCUGUGGCUAUUGCCAAACAGCUCGGCUUGAAGGUGUCUGCCUCUACUUCCGGUACACUUGACGAUCACCCACACUCGCUUUUCUCUGGAUCGAGCUGCAUCCUCGGUUCUCAGAUUGAUCAGAUGACCGAGCGAGAGCUCGUGGAGCGUGUUUCCAGCAUCACUGUCUAUGCAAGGACAACCCCAAGGCACAAGAUGGCCAUCGUCAAGGCGUGGCAGAUGCGCGGCGCUGUGGUUGCCAUGACCGGUGACGGUGUGAACGAUUCACCAGCGUUGAAGAUGGCCGAUAUUGGUAUCUCAAUGGGUAAAUCGGGUACGGACGUUGCCAAGGAAGCUGCGGAUGUCAUUCUCGUGGACGAUGAUUUCGCAUCCAUCUUACCCGCCGUCGAGGAGGGUAAAUCAAUCUUUUACAACAUUCAAAAUUUCCUAUCCUUCCAACUCUCCACCGCAGUCGCCGCCCUUUCGCUCAUCACCCUCUCAACAGUUUUCAAACUCGCCAAUCCUCUCAACGCCAUGCAGAUCCUCUUCAUCAACAUCCUCAUGGAUGGUCCUCCCGCCCAGGCCUUGGGUGUCGAUCCCGUGGACGAAGAGAUUAUGCGUCAGCCCCCGAGGAAGAAGGGGAGUCACGUGUUGAGCACACGAUUGAUCUACAGGGUACUCUUUUCAGCAGCUAUGAUCGUCCUUGGUACCUUGUGGAUCUACACAGUCGAGACUAGCGAUGGCAGCAUGUCUCGAAGGGAUCAGACAAUGACUUUCACCGUCUUUGUCUUCCUCGACCUCGUAUCCGCUCUUCAAAACCGUGGGCUUACCACCCCCAUGUUCCGCAAUCGCAUGCUCUUCUUGACAAUCUCAGUUUCCUUCAUCUGCCAGCUUGCCCUCAUCUAUAUUCCCCUUUUACAACAUGUCUUCCAAACCGAGGCGUUGAGCGCGAGAGACUUGUUUAUGCUGUUGGGUUUGGCCGGGACUAGCAUGGGCUUGCAUGAAGGAAGGAGGUGGUGGGAGAGAAAACAAGUAGAGGCAGAAAUUUUAGAAAAGAGUGCCGGAGGUAUGGUGUAAGGGCUGUUGUGGUUUUUUUUUGACUUGGGGAUGGAAUGUGCAUUGACCAAUGCGCAUGGAAAAAAAAAGAGGGAAGAGGAAGAUCUUGAUUAGGAAUACGGCGUUGCGGUGUAUAACAUGCAUAGAUAAAACAGUGACAAACACAUUCAACAAUCGUUUUGUUGUUUUUGACUUUUUG